AUGGACUGUUACGAAGAUAAGGCGUCAGACGGGACUCACGGUGUGAGCCAAACGGGACUCAAAUCGUUUGAAACAGGAAACAUGGACGGCAAGGAACAAGCCUCUGCUUCAAGUCAGGAACAGGAAAUGACCACUAGCCAAAUUAAUUUGCGUAUUCCCUCAGACUUUUCGCUUAAUGAGCCAUUAGUUUUUGGAUUACUUCCUUUCGAGCAACAGUCUCGAUACGCAAGGAUAUCGCCAGUUUCGUCUGCAUCAAGAACAACCUCCUCCUGCUACCCUGAUGGGCCAAUUGGGCCAAUUACCGCCCAUAAUCUCGAGCCAGAAGCACCUCCGUUUAUGGAAAUAAUGUCGUCACGUUCAUACGCUAACCACGACAUCUUGAGUAGUCAGCGCUUCCAAAACCAGAUUCUAACACCUUCCACAAGGUCUUCUUCAUUCAUGGAAAGACAUACUUCUCAAAGUAAUCCCUACACUUUCCACGGGAGAGGUAAGAACAGCGAGGUCGUUUGGUGCAGUAGCAAAAUGAAAAUCCCUCGGUAUGUGUUUCAUCCGAACGAAGCACUGCGACCACCGCACCAGUUCGUCAAUUCAAACAACUCGUUCCACCCUGAUGAUCCUUUGAACUGCAAUGGUACUAAGAGGUCCGAUGGUCCAGAGGAGGCUGAAAGCAGUAGCAACAUGCUUCGGUCAGACUUCAGACUGAAUAACCAGAGUGAAUACGGCAGCCGAUUGCAGGAGGAAACUGCUAUGAGAUGGAAUGGAAAUUACGCAGCUUUGUUUUUAAACCAGAUGGCACAUUCAGUGAAUAGGAACAUAGCUUUUAAUAACAACCCCUUCCGUUACAUAGCGAUGGAGAAUCAAGGUGAAGAUCGCACAAAUAAUGAUACCCUCUGUGAAGUACCAUCGCUAGGAGACGGACAACCACUCCUUCCUACACUGAAUACGUGUGGUGUACAGGCCCAGAGGGGAAGCAGUUCAAACGCAGCUCUCAAUGGUACCUUCCAUAAUUUCACUUUACAAUGCCCCACCCAAGCUGGUAUGUUCACUCAGAACGCCAGUCCCUCCCACGCAGAUACUGGAGCGACAAACUUUGCACCGUAUCCUUUACCUAUUCAGCAAUCUGUGCCCUUCUCUCCAAUUCUCAAGGCUAUGGGUCCAGUCCAUUUAGGUGAAGAUUCGAGGGAAAGGAUCAACGAAGAGGCAAUAUCACAUCCGCCCUUCUCAACAACCAAUCGAUGUAGUUUUACACCAGUAAGAUAUGCACUUAAUCACGUGCCUCUCUUGAGCUUUCCACGUGGGGCAGGUUACGAGGCCCCCGUUUCGUUUGCUUCUAAAACAAUUCCUCUUCUUCAUUAUCCAGACCCACGAGCCAUGUUUCGCGAAGCAAACCUGUUGACUCUUGACCAACCCCAUGAGGGUUAUGUCGUUCCUAACGAAACAGUGGGGAGUGGUGCUCUAAAACCCUCCUCCACCCCAGAAGAAACAUCUGCCCAAAACGAGACUCUGUCAGAGAAACAAGGUACUACGACAAGUGUUUCUCACAAAAGAAGCCGUCAGACGCGCCAAUGUAAUAUUUGUCUUAAAGUCUGCGCGGGUGCCUCGUCUCUUAAGGUUCAUCUUCGAACACAUACAGGAGAAAAACCUUUUUCAUGCAAGGUCUGCCAAAGGACGUUUGCACAAGCCGGGGGACUGAAAUCGCAUUUGCGCAGCCACACAGGAGAGCGUCCUUACAAGUGUGAUGUCUGCAACAAGUUCUUCACCCAUUCCACGGCUGUCAACAAUCACAAGCGUACGCACACAGGAGAAAAACCAUUUGUAUGCGACCACAAAGGAUGCAAUAAAAAAUUUGCUGAUCGAUCAACUCUUACAAAGCAUAAUAGAGUCCAUACUGGGGAGAGACCAUUCGAAUGUCCGCACUGCAAAAGGAAAUUUACGCAGCUCGGGAAUAUGAACAAACAUUUAAGGUGCAAACACAUUGACAAGAAGAAAUGA